UAUAAUUUAAAAAAAUUUUAAUUUAAAUUAAAAAAAUAUAACUGUUAAAAUUGAAAAUACUUGAGUAAAAUAUCUGUAGUGUUGCAGGAGAUAAAAAUACGUAGUUUAAACUGAAUCGCUUAUACACAAUAUUUUUCUAAUUUGUUUGUAAUAAGACUAUUUAAUUGUUCGAUUUUUAAAAUCAAUUUUACAUCAUUAAGUAAUUUCCCUUGAUUAAUAAUCAAAUUAUUUGAUGCAAUAGAAAGGAAGGGAUCUGUAAUAGCGUUUCCUUAUGAUAAGAGCGCGAAUUUUCGCGCGAGAUUUACGGCAAUCUCCGAUCUCAUGUCAGAUGAGUGGCGCCAACCGUGGACUUUUCGCGAAGUCAUAGAACGGAUUGCCAUUGUGCAGGCGUUCCGCUGGACCGCUCGCAGCAUCCAGGGUAUGUUGUGCGCCGUCGCCAGCCGAUUCCGCGACGCGCAAAGCGCGAGAUGAGAAUCGGAGCGAGAAAGAGAGAGACACAGAGAGAACGUUUGAAACGCGAAAUCUCUAACGAGGAACACUCAGAGCCACGCGAGCGGUCGCGCGACACGGUACGAGCGUUUGAACGCAUGUCGUGUCAACGACGUCGCGUUAUGUGCAUCGAGAAACGUACGAGCCACGCGAGGCUCGCUUGUGCCGUUUUGUUUCUCGUGGCAAUUGUUCCGCCGCUCGGACUCUGCCAAAAUGCCGAGGCACGCGGUACAUUCGGGAACGGGGGACGAUCGGAUCUUUCCGGCGACGAACCGCGCACUCUGCGAACCCAUCAGCAGUAUAGCCGGGACGCAUCUUCUGAGGAAAUGGAGGUGCUCGAGAAAAACAGAAGGAUGCUCUCGUCGCAAGGUGUUAUCAAGGAACCGGGGGGGAUGGAAAUGGAAGCAGGGACGAGGACCCGCGGCGAUGAAGGCAACAAACAUCUCCUUUGGUCGGAAAAUGGUGCGAAAAUUCCGCUUCUUUGGCGAAACGUAAAUGUCACAAGUUUGAGUAAGCAGCAAGAGGGCAACUUUGGAAGUCGAACACGCAAAAAACGUCGUAGAAGUAAGACUUCUGGUGUCGAGGAUCGCGUACAUGACAUUACCGAGGAUAAUGGCGAGAACGAGAUAUCGGACAGGCGGGAUCAAUCGUCGCGGAAGAGGAAUGACCCUUUCUCAAAGUCAAGGCCGAGGAGUCGAGAAGCGCGAAAAUCCCGUGCGGAAAGACGAAGGCGGAAAAAGAAAGAGAGGAAGGAGCGUAAUAGAGGAAGCGGGAAGAGCUCGCGGCAAAACGACAAGCGACAAGAUGUGGAGCGAGGCUCGUCGAAGCGUGAAGAGACGACCGACACGUCCAAACGCUCGAUCGAAAAAUCGCCGAACGUCAUCGCCGAUCGUUUGACCUCGUUGGCGGAAGUUGUCGAUGGUGCUACAACAUCGUCGAGUCUCCAGCGUCAUUCGACGCUCGAGGUGACCAAGAGGCUAACAAGAACGACGCCUCGUCGUGGUGUUUACGUGGCCGACACGGUGGAGAGGGAAUUCUCCAAACAGCUUGAGAUGGAGAUUUCCAAGUCGACGUCGAAGGACUUGUCGAUUCUGGACGACGGUAUUUUCGAUAGCUCUCCGAAGAAAUCGAGCGGACGAGAUGUCGAAUGGAGUGAAGUCGACGGGAAAAGUAUGGACGAGAACGCUUCGUCGAACGGCAAAAUUGGUUUCAGGAACUCGCGUUACGAUGCCGAGAAGAUGCUGGGUUAUUCGAGGACCAAGGAGGAUUUACCGAUCCUCGAUCUGGAGAAUGAGGUGCUGGAGAGGACCUUGAAGGACUACAACGCGUAUAUGAGGCUGAAGCCGGCGUUGUUGCCGCGCGAAUCACCGCCGCCGCCGAUUCCUCGCACCUCCGGUCCUCAUCCGCCGAGAAAGCCGAUAAUUAAUUCGGACGAGAGCGACGACGAAGAAACAAGCACGGAAGUCACUGGCAUGAUGCGGGACGACAGCACGAGCGGGGAUUUAUCUUGCAUAAACGGGACGUUCCUGCCGGCGCCUCUAUCUCGCCACGCUCUGAUCAAAUAUGUAAAGUCCUCGACCCCGGGGCACGAGUAUUUGGAAGCCGAUUACGAGUGUGUGCCAGGCUACCAUAUGGCAUCCUCCACGAGCCGAUUAGUCUGCAGGAGUCGUCAGUGGCUCGGACAGGUGCCAAAGUGCGAGAUCAAGCAAAACCCGGGCGGGAUAUGUGCCGAGGCAUCCUGCGAGCAGGAUUGCAACGAAAUUAACGGGCGUCCCGUCUGCUCCUGCUACAAGGGAUUCAGAUUGGUGGACGGCCACAAAUGCAUCGACAUCAACGAAUGUUUACUGAACAACGGCCACGGUCCUUGUCAGGACACCUGCCGAAAUCUUAUGGGAGGAUACAAAUGCUCCUGCGAGGGUCUGCGCGACGCAUCACUAGCCGCUGACAAUCACACGUGCGAACAUGACAAGCACACGGGUCCGUGCAGCGUCAACAAUGCUGGAUGCUCUCACACGUGUUUGUCCACGAUGGGUCGAGUAUUCUGCCUGUGUCCCGACGGCUUUAUCCUCGAGGAUGACUGGAAGACUUGUCAAGAUGUGGAUGAAUGUUCGGUGCCGGAUCUUCAGACGGAGUUGUGUCGCUACGGGUGCAUCAACACCCCGGGUUCCUAUCGAUGCGCGCAACCUAUGGAGCUGAAGGAUCAGCCAGUUUUGGACAAGCUGUCCAUCACUUGCCUGCCGGGUUACGAACAGACUUCCUAUGGAACGUGCAUCGAUAUCAACGAGUGCGCGGUUGAUAACGGAGGUUGCACGGAGGUGUGCGAGAAUACAGACGGUAGCUUCUUCUGCGCUUGCGACGGGGAUGAAAAAGCUCUGUCAUCGGAUGGAAAAUCCUGCGUAGACAUAAAUAGCAUCGAGUGUCCACCGUUAAAUCCGGUCGGUCGUGGUUAUUUAAUAUGUUCGCGAUUAGCCACGUCCAAAUUGUGGCGAGACAGACGAAAAGUGCCCAAUCGACCCGGCACGAGAUGCUUCUUGAAAUGUCCUCGUGGAUAUCAGCUUCGCGAGGAAUACGAAUUGACCUGUCGAUCCGAUGGCACGUGGGACGGAUCGGAGAACGGAAGAUGCGUCCGAUAUAGCAAGCCCCGAUUGGAAUGUCCGAGGGACGUCGUAGCCGAAUUACCGCCCGGUAGGGAUGAGGCGUUCGUCACCUUCGAUCAACCGGCGACGGAUCUCGAUUGGUUCCGAUACGUGCGAUCGAAACCAUCCUGGGGUACGCGUCUCGAGGCCAGCCUGAAACCCGGAGUGCACGAGAUUACGUUCUUCGCGCGACACCCGGUAUCGAAGAAGCAGGCCAGCUGCGCGCUGCGCAUUAUCAUCAAAGACGGCGAGGCACCGAAAGUCAAAGAUUGUCCGGGGGACAUCGAAGUCGUCGGGAGAAAUGGAACUGCGAUCACGUGGACGGAGCCAAUCUUCACGGAUAAUGUCAAGGUGACGCGGAUCAGUAAUAAUGAGAGCCCGGGUCGUCGCUUCGAUGUCGGCGGUCACAGGAUCGAGUACGAGGCGAGUGACGAGGCCGGUUGGUCGAGCAAGUGCGUCUUCACCGUGGUCCUCCGUCGAGAAUAAGCGGCUGAAGAGACAGGAGGAAGGAUCGCGACGGGGGGAAGAUGAGGAGGGAAAGAAAAGAGAGACUAAGUGAACGAGAAAAGCAGCGCGGAAGAAUAACGAUAAGGUAAUAUAAAUGGAAAUGCCUACGGGACUAUACGGGACGCCCGUCUCCUUACAUAGGCCCCGUAAUGGAUUCCGUUUUGUCCGGCACGAUUACACGUGGAAGAAGAGAGAAAAAGAACGGAUAUUCCCCUCCUUUCACACUACUACCCCCUCCCCCAC